GAGGAGGCGCUGGGCGCUGUCCCUGCCCCGGCCUGCGCGCUGCUCCUGGUGUUCCCCCUCACCGAGCAGCAUGAGAACUUCAGGAAACAACAGACUGAGAAAAUAAAGGACCAAGAAAUCAGUUCCAAGGUGUAUUUCCUGAAGCAGACAGUCAGUAACUCCUGUGGGACAAUUGGUCUGAUACAUGCAGUUGCUAAUAAUAAAGAUAAACUGAACCUUGAUGAGGGGUCUGCCCUGAAGAAGUUUCUUGAUGAAACAGCUGAUAUGUCUCCUGAAGAGAGAGCUAAGCAUUUUGCAAAUAAUAAGGCUAUACAAGAAGUCCACAAUUCAGUUGCACAAGAAGGACAGUGUCGGGUUGAGGACAACAGUGUGAACUUCCACUUUAUCCUGUUUGUCAAUGUGGAUGGACAUCUGUAUGAAUUGGAUGGGCGUAUGCCAUUUCCUGUAAACCAUGGCACAAGCUCAGAUGACUUGCUACUGAAGGAUUCUGCUAAGAUCUGCAGACAGUUUACAGAACGCGAAAAAGGAGAAGUUCGUUUUUCUGCAGUGGCUUUCUGCAAGUCUGCUUGAGGAUCUGAAGAGAUGCAAGGAAGGCAGUCUAAUAGCACAGCAGUAAAUGCAAUUCAAACUCCAGUGCUUCAGUACUUGUUAAACACAGCUGUUCUGGUAACUUAAAUUGUUUCCACCUUUUGCUAUACACAGAAGCAACAUCAGCUGAGCUUAUGCUAAGGGAUGAGCUCGAGUUUUAAUGUGAACAGUUUGGACACAUGAGAAGUCUUUUGACUCUUUUUUUUUUUCACAUGUUAAGUAGAAAACGCUUAACAGGGCUUGUUUAAUCUGUGUCAUGUUAAUUGAGUUAUUGGUUGAUAUUUCCUUGUCCUUAAUGAGAAUAAAAUGUUUUGCUGAAAGACUAAA